UGUUUUUGCUGGGGUUUUUUUUUUUGUGUCUUCAGUUUGUGUGUGUUCAGGUUCCAUCUUUGUGUAUUUGUGUCAAAGUUGUGUGUGUAUGCAUUCGGAUUAUGGCUAUUUGUAUUUGUUUUUAUAUUCUGUGUGUGGGCGUUUCCGUCUUCAGGUUGUGUUUUGUGUUUGUGCCUUCAGUUUGUGUUUUUGUUGUGUUCAAGCUGUUUGUUGUGUCAUCAGAUCCAGUGUGUGUUUGUGGCCUUGAGUUGUGUGUUUGUGUUCAAAGUCGUUGUUGUGUGUUCAGGUUGUCUAUUUGUGCCAUUACAUUGUGGGUCUACUUUUGUUCUAUGUUCAAGUUGUUUGUUGUGUACUUUGGGUCCUCUGUGAUGUUUUGUGUCUUCCAUUUGUGUGCAUGCGUUUUCAUGUACAUUUUUUUUGUGUGUGUGUUCAGGUUGUGUUUAGGUUUUUGUUCUCAGAUUGUGUGUGUAUUUAUGUUCUGUUUUUUUGUUGUGUUUUCAGGUUGUGUGUUGUUAUUGUUUGUGUGGAGGGUCCACGUUUGUGUGUGUUUCCAAGGUCUUCUAUGUUCAGCAACCACGCCGCAUUGCAGGAGAUCCUGAACGAGUUAAACGACUACGCGGGCCAGCGGGAGUUGAUCGCCGAGAACAUGAUGACCAACAUCUGCGUGGAGCUCAUCAAGUUCCUGCAGGACCUCAAACAAGACCGCAAAGCGCACCUUUCUGACGCCAAGCGAGCCCAACAGAACCUGGAAAGCAGCUUCAAGCACCUGGAAAGUACAAAGCGUCGCUUCGCCAAGGAGUGGGCGGAGGCUGAAAAAGCAACGCAACAGGCCGAGAAAACGGAGAACGACGCGAACACCACAAAGAUCGACGUUGAUAAAGCGAAGCAGCACGCGCACGCCCGCACACACACGGCGGAGGAAUGCCGCAACGACUAUGCCGCACAACUGCAGAAGUACAACAAGGAGCAGAACCACUACUACUACACCGAGAUACCGCAAAUAUUCAACAAGCUGCAGGAUCUAGACGAGAGGCGGAUUCGUCGUCUGGCGGAAGGAUACUGCCAGUUCUCCGACUUGGAGAAGAAGGUGCAGCCCAUCAUCUCCAAAUGCUUGGAGGGAAUCUCGGCAGCCGGAGCAAAAGUCGACGCAAAGCAGGACUCGGUCGUGUUCGUGGAGCAGCACAAGUCGGGCUUUGAGCGUCCUUCCGACGUGGAAUUCGAGGACUACACGCAGGGAAUCAAAGCGGCCAGCUCCGACUCCAGCCACAACCUUCCCAAAUUUCGCUCCAAGCUUUGGCCAAUAAGCAGGAAGCACAAGCCGCCACCUGCCGAGGACUUCUCUCACCUUCCUCCAGAGCAGAGAAAGAAGAGGCUGCAGGCCAAGAUCGACGACGUGACCAGAAAGCUUCACAUGGAGCAGGAGACCAGCGAGGCUCUGGAAAAGAUGAAGGGCGUGUAUGAGCAGAACCCGAACUUGGGUGACCCGUCCACGUUGGAACCGAAGAUCGCCGAGACAGCACAGAACACGGGAUACCUGUGCGGGGAGCUGGCCAAAUUCGAAACAUGGCUGUCCGAGGUGAUGGGAGCAGACGAAUGCGCCGACGCCGUCCGCAACAACAACAACAACAACCACACACCAAACACCAUCGUGACGUCGCCGAACCAACAGAACAUUUACACCGAGUUUGACGACGACUUUGACGAGUUCAGCCAGUGCACGGCUUUGUACAACUUUGAAGGCAAAAGCGAGGGCACCAUCUCAGUGACGGACGGCGAGCUCCUGACCGUCAUGGAGGAAGACAAAGGCGACGGCUGGCUGAGGGUCCUGCGGGCCAACGGGGAGGAGGGCUUCAUCCCGUCCUCCUACGUCAAACUCUCCUCCUAACGUCCACCCACGCCCCCGUGCAGCUGAAACGUCGCCAUUGUAGAAAAUGGACAAUCUCGUUCUUUCAUUAUUCAUUUUGGGACAAAACAAACACUUUAUUGAACAACCUGCUGAAGUUGGUCUCCGCUUUACUGAUUGGAUCAGAUUUUGAAAAAUAUCAACAAAAGGGCGAAACCACUACUCCACAAAAUAACAGAUCGUCUUUCCAGGGAUGUUACCGAGGUGAACGCACUUAAAGAAAAUGAUACCCCUGCAAUUAAGUGGGGGGGUUGAGAAAUUAAUUAUUUGCAGAAUUUCAGAAAAUGCAUUUUUUCAAGAGAUAUUAUUGUGAACAUAGUUGCAUUUUUAAUGGAAAAAUACAGAAGGGGAAAAAAAAAACAUUUUAACAUAGGCUUUAAAUGUACUAUAAAAAUAGUAAAUAGUCUUUUGAAAGUCAAAAUCUUACAGGGAUAGUAUUAUUUUUAAAUAAAAAUUUUCAUUUAAAAAAAUUACAAUAACACUUUUGGGGGUGAUACAAAACAACAUGUCCCAUUUUUUAAUCAAAAAAAUGUACUACUAUAAAAAUAAAUAGAGAUUUUUUUUUAACAAAACUAGUACAUUUUCACUUCAUGGAUCAAAUUCUGUUGCAUUUUUCUUAAUAAAAAUGCAUUUUUUAAAAUUAAAAAUAACCAAUUACAAAAAUAGUAUUUUUUUUCUUUAUUGAAGUCAUAAGGUUAUCUGUAAUUUUCUGCUUAAAAUGUAAUAAUAAUAGGUAAUAUUUGUUUGGCAAAAUGUAAUGUGCACAAAGUAUUUUCAAAGAAAAAAGUCUUCAGAGAAUUUUGUUCGCAUCUUUUUUUGAAAAAAAUAAAUCCUUAUAUUUUCAAAAACCUAGAAAACAAUAUAGAAAAAUAUGAAUAGGAAUAGCCAUAUAUUUUGGAUUAAAAAAAUUCCUACUACAAUAAUCCCAUCUUUGCAAUUUUUUUUUUUUUAUUGUUUUGCAAAACCUGCUGUGAAAUGUAAAAAUCCGCCACGUCGAUUUGUUUUCUUAGUGCGGCCGUAACAUCCCUUCGUGCGUCAAUGUUUUGUGUCAACAGUUGUCUAUCAAAGGCGCAAUGAUGUCUGUUUGAUGACUGUUAACAUAAGUACAAUAAACAAAUAUGAACUAUCUCAGCAUGAAAUGA